AUGAGCGCGAGAGAAGACCGACCCGCAAAGGUCCUCAGCUGCUCGAGCUGUAGGACCCGCAAGAUCAAGUGCGACAAGGUACAGCCCGUCUGCACUCAGUGCUCUCGCUUCGGGCUUGAGUGCGUCUAUCCCUCGAGGAAGCCUACCCGCCGCGCGCCGAGGCCGCGUCAGAGCGAGCUGCUGGAUCGGAUCAGUCGCCUUGAGACCAUUGUUAAUCUGGCGGAUCCCUCCAAACUGAAGCAGCUCGAUGAGGACACGCGGUCCUCGUCCAUCGCCACAACGCUAUCUGCCACUCUGGAAGACCAAUGUCAGGAAUCGCAGGAUGCUGCUACACACGCCGCGAAUGCCCAAGCUGGGGAAAAGUACCUCAGCGCUGGCUUCUGGGGGAAUCUGUGCUCUGAAGUCGAGGGGAUCCGGCAAGCGCUGGAUCAACCCUCUGAAGACGAUGAGGAGGAGGAGGAAGGCGAUAGCCCAGAGUCCUUUGACCCGGCACCUCCAGCACCCACAGCACCGUCAGGCUUCUUGCUCGGAAAUCCAUAUUAUAAUGAGCGGGAACCCCUGAAGCACCCUUCUCCAGAUAUGAUGAUACGGCUCUGGACUAUCUAUUCCCGCAAUGUCGACCCCCUCGUCAAGAUCCUACACCGUCCUACCAUCACCAAACAGAUCCAAUCACAUAUCGAUACUUCAUCAACAUAUUCUUUCAGCCUCUCAACAAACGCCGUAAUGUUUUCCAUCUACUUUUGCACCGCCACAUGUCUCAGGCCGGAGGACUGUCAGAAGCAACUGGGCGAGAACAAGACCGAAUUAACUGCUCGGUAUCGCAUCGCCGCUGAGCGAGCUCUCGCUGAAGCAGAUUACCUCAACACCAAUGAACUAGAGACACUGCAAGCUCUGACGCUCUACACUUCCAUGAUUCGCGUCUACUCUCAUAACCGAUCCUCUUGGGCUCUCACAUCUCUCGUCAUUCGCGUAGCCCAAGGGAUGGGCCUCGACCGUGAUGGAGACGGUCAUCGCUAUCCUCCCUUUGUAGCAGAGAUGAGACGUCGAUUGUGGCACUUUAUCGUUGUUCUUGACGUUCGCGGCUCUGAGGAUAGAGGCUCUGACGCCAUACUCACCCGGGCUCGCUUCGAUACUGUCCUACCAACACCAAUCGACGACGACUACUUUGGUCCAGAUUCAACCGGACCUCUUGUCCCAAAGUCGACUCCCGCCGACAACGUCAUAUGCAUGUGCACAGCAAUGUGCUCAAGCAUAUUUGGCCUCCUAUCACAUCCUCAUUUCAACGCAGCAGGAGAAGCAGAGCACUUCCUGUACACAGAAGACGAACUCAUAGCACACAUCCGACUCCUCGAGAAGACGUUCAUCCACACUGCCCGACCCUCUCACCUCCCCUCCAUGUACGCCUCCGAAAUCGCUCGCGUUGUCAUCCUCAAGCUAUGGCUUAACGUUCAAUACCCCUUCAACGGUGGACCAGCUCCAGAUCGACCCCGCGUCUCCAAGGAGACGAUGCUGCGCACCGCCGUGUCCAUCAUGGAACUGCGCGAACGCAUGACAAAGGACCAAUGGGAAGACCGGUUUGCUUGGUGGACAGACACAUAUGUGCAAUGGCAUCCUUUGGCGGUUGCCUUGGCUGAGCUGUGUGUGCAGACAGAGGGCGAAUUGGUUGACAGAGCAUGGGUUGUCGUGGAUCGCAACUUUCCUGCAUCAAGAAAUCACAUUGCUGAUACUGCGACGGGCUCGCUCUGGCGGCCUAUCAAGAAGUUGCUGAAAAAGGCAAAGGCAGCAAGGGCAGAGGCUCUCUUGAAGGGUCUCAACCUCAACACCACAUCAACGAUGCCAUUGAUCCCUCCCACACAGACAAUCACUCAACCUAUGUUGUGCGAGACAACAACCGCGCAGUCAACAAUACCUCCCUUGGCACAAUACGACACCAGUGUCAUGGACCCCUCAAUAUUGUUCGAGUAUCCACCAGAGCUACUCAACCUCGACCUAGACCAAGGAAUGGAACAAGGCGCCCCCAUGGAGUGGUCAUUUUGGACAGAGUUUUACAACGACACGCAGAUGGAUAAUUCACCGGGCGGGAGCGGUACAGGAGAAUCGACUUGA